AUGGAUAAGCUCUUCACAAUUGACUCAGUGUUGAAUAUGUUGGAUGAAAAUACUCCACAAAGUGAUGGUACCACUGGGAGUGAUCAGUUCUGGCCCGAUGAAAUACAGAAUGAAGUUGAAGUUGAAUCAAAAUCGGUAGAUCAAGUCAUUGUAGAAAGCCUUAAGCUGAUUAAUGAAAAUGAAGAUCCAAAAUCAGAUGAAGAUUUUUCUUGUCAAGAUGACUAUGUUGAUGACAGAGCAGAUGAGACAUACAUCCCAGAAUCAGAAACCUCUGAUAGCGAUAGUGAUGAAAAACAUGUGUCAUUUCAAAGUGAUCUUGUUCCGCAAGAGGUUCCAAUAGCUGGCCCCUGUGAUCAAGAAACACCAAGAUCUAGGAAAAGAAAGCGGGACCCGUCUCAAUGGCAACGAAAUGUUCGACAUCGCAGGAGGGUUAAAGGCGAGUCAUAUGUAACCCGUCGAGGGAAACGGGUACCACAAAAAGGACCAAAGCCAGUAAACUGUCUGAACUGUCGUUUCAAGUGUAGUACGUUGUUCAAUGAAGAUGAAAGAAAACGCAUUUGUGGUGAAUAUUAUGCUUUGGCUGAUAAUGCAAGACAGAAAGAUUUUUUAUGUAAACGUGUGAAAGUUUUAAAGGUCUAUCGACAUCGUAGUAGGCAUAACAAAAGCAAGAAGAACAAAUCAUGUGAAUACUCAUUUGUGAAACACUGUAGCGAAUAUCGAGCCGUUCUGAAUUUACCACAUGCUGGAGACGCACAAAUUUACUAUAAGCGAAAACUCUCAGUGUAUAAUUUUACAAUUUAUGAGGCCCAUUUCGGAUGGAAUUUGCUAUCUCUGGAAUGA